UGUGCCCGGCCCUACAAACAUGUUUCUCCUCUGUGUCUCAGCUGUACCCUGGACAACAACGUCCUCACCACAGAGCAAAGGCAGUUCUACGAAGACAACGGGUAUCUGCUCAUUAAGAAGCUCGUUUCUGACGAAGACAUUGAGCGCUUCAGGUACGGGGAAGGAGUUUUAAGGGUCUGUAACAAGGAGGUGAAUCCACCAGGAGUUCUGAUAAUGAGGGACAAGAUCCACAGACCCAACUUUGUUUGGUCUGAAAAAACAGUUAAUACAGUGCAUGAUUUCUGGGAAGAUGAAGAGUUUUUCAGAUACUGUACUCUGCCAGAGGUAAAAAGCCAACAAGAAGAUGGUGGUGAGAGCACCUAUAACCCGAGUGCUUGCCACCCCAUGCAUCAGGACUUGCACUAUUUCCCCUUCUGCCUGGUCGUGCAGCCAGGGACACGCAAGGAGCCCCCGAAGCCUCACGGCUACCCAAAGUGGGAGAAGCAUCCCAGGGCUCACAUUAUGAUGGAGAAGGGAGACAUGGUGUUCUUCCAUCCACUGCUUAUUCAAAGCUCUGGAGCAAACAAGACAUCAGGUUUCCAAAAGGGUGUUUGGAAGAAGCAAGCAAAAGUUGUGCAAGGAAGAAUUAAUCUUCAAAGUGGCCUCUGACCACCAGGAUGGAAAAUGUGUGCCUGAGCAUCAGCUUCUGCAUAGCCAGAUUUAUGCACUUCUCGCCCUCUGUGUAAGAAACUUACCCAAAUACUGCCCUACAAAAUCAUUUGAUGCCAAUACAAAAUAGUUGCAUUGACGUUGAACAGCUGAUGUACUUCAAAGAAAACCUGACCUACAAAAACAGAUUUGCUGCAGUUAUUUUAGGUAAUCAAAGAAUAAUUAUGAUGGGAGAUGUGCUUCACUUC